CUGCGGGGCUGGGGGAGGACGCUGCGGCCACCGGAGCGAGCCAUCCCUCGGGGACUGACGGCCCCCCUUCUGCUCCGCUCCUCCCCAGGUCCCUUCUGUCGCCGAGAGCCGGCAUGGAGACGGUGCAGGAGCUGAUUCCUCUGGUCAAGGAGAUGAUCGCCCAGAAGCCCAGCCGGAGGCUGGUGAAGGUGUACGUGCUGGGCGGCGUGCUGGCCCUGUUCGGCGUGGUGCUGGUCCUGGUGGAGACGGUGCAGCGGGAGCGCCAGGCCCUGCAGACACAGGCCCCGCCGGAGAAAGGCAAGCAGCACGAAGCCACCCUCUGCAGCCGGGCCCUCUCCAACCGGCAGCACGCCUCCUAGAAACUGUGGGAGCCCCGCGGAGGGUGGGCGAGAGGAGAAAGAAA